AUGCGCUUGUGCUCGUUGGGCGAACGUGCACCGGGGUUGUCUCCGUCGUGUUCGACUCCUUCCACUCGUCCUGACUGGGCAUUCCCGGACCCUUCGCGAGCCUCCAACGACACUCUUGGCGCGUCGCUGGGGCUCGUUGCAGUCGCGUACAGCGCGAUCUUGAGCCUUGCAGGGGUCCGAUGCACGGGCCGUCUCUUGCGGACGGGUCCACCGGUCUGUACUGGAGGUCGGCGGUGGGCAAGCGAGGGCGAAGCAGAGAGGGAGGAGGGGCUGAAGCCGGACU